CAUGUAGGAAAGUCAACCCUGAGGGUGGUCCCACAUUUUCUGUCAACCUCCUGGGUUAAUCUGCCAUUGUUGUUCAUCCUUAUAUUUAUUUAUUUAAAAUUUCUAUAUCCCCCCCCCACAGGUUCAACAACUCUGAGCAAUAACCCUUUAAAACAAGUCCACAAGCAGAGAUGUUUCAUUUGAAGUAGUUCAUAGUCAUUGACCUUUUAUUUAAAGUACAUACUGCCGGAGGGUUUGUUUGUUGUCUUGUCUUGUGUUUUGUGUUUGUGUAAGAGGUCUUACGAGUUCUGCAUAAAAGUAGGACUUAGGUUUAGAGAUGUGUGGAUGAGUGGAGAGCAGCAGUGAGGAGAAACAAGAUCACUGACUCGCAGAAUGAAAACCUUCCAGACUCUGAUCCUCGUGGCUGUGGUGGGCCUCUCUCUUGCUCACAUAAGGAACAAGAGGUCAAUCCCCCAGUUCAUGAAAAUGAUCGCCUGUGUGAUGCCAGAGGGUCGCACUGUUAUGGAGCACAACAACUAUGGUUGCUACUGUGGCUAUGGAGGCCAGGGAACACCUGUGGAUGACAUGGAUAGGUGCUGCCAAGAACAUGACAAUUGCUACGAAAACACAAGGUCGAUGGUUGAUGGUUGUCACCCUCUUUUCGACAAUCCUUACACCGAGUUGUACAGCUUCUGCUGCAAACGCAAUGUGAUCACCUGUGGCUGUGGAAACGACAACUGUGAGGCGACCCUCUGUGAAUGUGACAAGAAGGCCGCUGAGUGUUUUGCCAGAACACCAAUCAUCGAGAAAUACAAGGACAUGUCCAAAGAAAACUGUUAGGAGAGCCCGACAAGAUCUGCAUAAUGUGUUCUGGUAUACGCCAAAUCUAAAACAGGUUGAUGUCUGUAUGGUUGAUCUGUAAUGUUAUCACCAUCCUACUGAAAAGCUCUUUGUUGCUGAAGCUUUGUGUUAUCUGAAUAAAAAUGCUGCAGUCAGUGCUCACA